GCGUUCCAGUUUAAUAGAAAGGUCAGACGGAGAGUCACUACCUGUACUUGUGUCGAGAUCUUUUCUUGAGACGUUCUUAUCGCGGCUCGUUUGCGACACUGAUUUGUCAAGAUGCGAGAAAUUGUACACAUUCAGGCUGGACAGUGUGGAAACCAGAUUGGAGCCAAGUUCUGGGAGGUGAUAUCUGAUGAGCAUGGGAUUGACCCAACUGGUUCUUAUAAUGGAGACUCUGAGCUGCAGCUUGAACGAAUCAAUGUGUAUUACAACCAGGCUUCAGGUGGCAAAUAUGUACCUCGUGCAGUACUCGUCGACUUGGAGCCAGGCACCAUGGACUCUGUCCGAUCUGGACCAUUCGGACAGAUCUUCAGACCAGACAACUUCGUUUUCGGACAGAGUGGAGCUGGAAACAACUGGGCAAAGGGUCACUACACAGAGGGCGCUGAGCUUGUGGAUACUGUCUUGGACGUUGUACGCAAGGAGGCUGAAGGAUGCGAUUGUUUGCAGGGUUUCCAACUUACACAUUCCCUUGGUGGCGGCACUGGCUCUGGGAUGGGAACACUCCUCAUCAGCAAGAUCCGUGAAGAGUACCCAGACCGCAUCAUGAACACCUUCAGUGUUGUACCAUCACCCAAAGUAUCUGAUACUGUUGUAGAGCCGUACAAUGCCACUCUCUCUGUCCAUCAGCUUGUAGAAAACACAGAUGAGACCUACUGCAUCGACAACGAGGCACUUUAUGACAUUUGCUUCCGUACCCUGAAGCUGACCACCCCAACAUACGGUGAUCUCAACCAUCUCGUGUCUGCUACCAUGAGUGGUGUAACCACUUGUCUCAGGUUCCCUGGCCAGCUCAAUGCUGAUCUCCGCAAGUUGGCUGUCAACAUGGUCCCCUUUCCCCGUCUCCACUUCUUCAUGCCUGGCUUUGCACCCCUGACCAGCAGAGGUAGUGCACAGUACCGUGCCUUGACUGUCCCAGAGCUGACCCAGCAGAUGUUUGAUUCCAAGAACAUGAUGGCCGCCUGCGAUCCUCGUCAUGGUCGCUACCUCACAGUAGCUGCCAUCUUCCGUGGUCGCAUGUCCAUGAAGGAGGUUGAUGAGCAGAUGCUGAAUGUCCAGAACAAGAACAGCAGCUACUUCGUGGAAUGGAUCCCCAACAACGUGAAGACAGCUGUCUGUGACAUCCCACCACGUGGUCUGAAGAUGUCUGCCACCUUUAUCGGCAACAGCACCGCCAUCCAGGAGCUGUUCAAGCGCAUCUCUGAGCAGUUCACCGCUAUGUUCAGGCGUAAGGCUUUCUUGCAUUGGUACACUGGUGAGGGUAUGGACGAGAUGGAGUUCACUGAGGCUGAGAGCAACAUGAACGACUUGGUGUCUGAGUACCAGCAGUACCAGGAUGCAACCGCAGAUGACGAAGGAGAUUAUGAUGAGGAGGAGGAAGAAGAGGAUGAAAAUGAAGAUUUGGCUUAAGCAUUCCAAUCUCCGCUUAGCCAAAUUUCAUUAGCACAACCAAAUUAUGCUUACCAGAUUAUGGUUACCAGCCAAAAUGACACGUCACCUGUACAAUUUGUGACUGGUAUCUUGCUCAUUUCUGCUAGGCAGGAACUUCUUGAGAGCAAUUUUUCCGCUUAAACAGCUCUAUGAAAGAAGUAACAAUUAAUACUAAAUAGCCCUAAGAAACCUGAACCCUAAUUCAAAGAGCUACUUAAGCACAAAACCAAAUUUUUAUUACCAGCCUUUUGUAUCAGCCUUUACAAUCUGGCUGGUAUCCUCCUUAGUUUUGCUUAGCAGAAAGGUGCUUAGUAUAAUUAUUGGCUUAUGCAGCUUUGUGAAACUGGGCCCAGCUCAAAAAAAUGCUGCGAACUCCAAGUUUCAAGUAAAGUAAAAAACCUGACUGAGCCAGCCCAGGCUCAUAUAUUGCAGUCCCCCUUGCCACAAUUAAACUUAAAUGUAAGCAAUUUGUUUAAAGUUUUACAUGACUUCAAAUCCAUUUUCCAGAUUAUUUUUAAUCGUGAAGGGCUCUUUUACAGUGGCCUCCUUUGCUGAAGUUUCCUUCUGUGGCUCCCUUUAUUUGAGCUUCCUCAACAGGGGCUUCAUUUACUAUCGCUUCCUUAGGGAACUUCCUUUACUGGAGCUCCCUUUACUGGAGCUUUUCCUGGAGUUUGAUCCUUUACUGUAGCUUCAUGAACUGAACUGGAGCCUCCUUUACUGAAACUUCCUUUACUGAAACUUCCUUUACUGGAGCUUCCUUUGCUGGAGCUUUUCCUGGAGUUUGAUCCUUUACUGUAGCUUCAUGAACUGAACUGGAGCUUCCUUUACUGAAACUUCCUUUACUGAAACUUCCUUUACUGGAGCUUCCUUUGCUGGAGCUUCCCUUUACUGGAGCUUCCUUAACUGGAGCUUCCUUUACUGGAGCUUCCUUAACUGGAGCUUCCUCAACUGGAGCUUACUUUACUGGAGCUUAAUUAACUUGCGCUUAAUUAACUUCGACUUUCUUUACUGGAGUUUCCUUAAUUGGAGCUCCCUUUACAGGGACUUCCUUUACUGAAGCGUCAUAACUAAAACUUCCUUUACUUGAGCUUCCUUUUCUUGAGAUUUCUCAACUGGAGCUUCCUUUACUGGAGCUUCCUUAAAGGAACACGUUGCCUUGGAUCGGACGAGUUGGUCUAUAAAAAGCGUUUGUAACCCUUUUUUAUAAA